AUGGCGACGGGAAAGACUUAUUACCAACGUCCGAGUCAUCGAUUCCUUCCCACAGAUCGGCCUUACCAAGUCGCCUCCGAUUCAGGAUUCGAGUUCGAUGAGUCCGAUCUCUACUCCGAUUCGCCUGAUUUUCGCAGGAACCUAUUCAAAUCCGGCCGCAACGGAAUCAAACAAUCCGUCAAGUCUUCCCCGGCUAAAGUCACCGCGACGACGGCAGGUUCUCUUCCGGUGAACGUUCCGGACUGGUCGAAGAUUCUCCGCGAGGAGAAUCGCCAUCACCGCCGGAGAAGCAUCGAAAACGAUGACGACGAUUGCAUGGACGGAGGACGAUUGCCGCCGCAUGAGUAUCUGGCGAGGACGAGAAUGGCUUCGUUCUCGGUGCAUGAAGGAGUUGGGAGGACAUUGAAAGGGAGAGAUCUGAGUAGGGUUAGAAAUGCAAUUUUUGAAAAGAUUGGGAUUUUGGAUUAA